AGAAAAGCAACUUCUAAUUUUCAAAACAGUGAAGAAAAAAAGCAAAUGUCUCUGACGACGAGGCAACGCCGCCCGGCGGCGACGGAUCUCCACACGACGUCGUCGGAUUCCCGCUACUCCAAGCUGGACAAGCCGGAAAGCUCCUCCGGCGACCGCGGCCUCCGGUGGCUCCUGCCGCUGUUGUCGCUGGGAGUGGUGCGGUACAUGAGCGCCUCCUCCAACAUAAUCCACGACUGCGACGAGGUCUUCAAUUACUGGGAGCCUCUCCAUUUCAUCCUCUACAAAUCCGGCUUCCAAACCUGGGAAUACAGCUCCGAGUUUGCGCUGCGGUCGUAUUUAUAUAUACUUUUCCACAACAUAGUUGCCUGGCCUGCUUCUUGGUGGUUUGGUGAAGAAAAAGUGAGAGUCUUUUACGCUGUCAGGAUGUUUCUCGGCCUUCUAUCCGUCGUUAGUGACGCUGCCCUUGUUAUAGCCCUUUCGAGGAAGUACGGAAAACGUCUUGCUUCGUAUGCACUGGCAAUGCUGUGCUUGGCCAGUGGUUGUUAUUUCGCUAGCACUAGUCUCCUGCCAAGUUCGUUCUCUAUGUAUGCGAUGUCUUUAUCAUCCGCACUUUUUCUUUUCGACAAGCAUGCAGCUGCAGUUGCAGUCGCUGCCAUUGGAGUAAUUCUUGGAUGGCCAUUCUCACUCUUGGCAUUUCUUCCUGUUACAAUUUUCUCCUUACAUAGAAGGUUCAAACGUGCGUUUCUGUCUGGUGUCGUAACUUCUGUUGCUCUUUUGGCAACGUCAGUUAUCGUUGACUACUUCUACUACGGAAAGUGGACUUCAUCUGUUCUAAAUUUAUUGAUAUAUAAUGUAUUAGGUGGUGGGCAGAGUCAUUUGUAUGGCACCGAGGGAGCAUUGUUUUACCUGAAGAAUGGCUUCAAUAACUUCAACUUUUGUUUUAUCCUUGCUCUGCUUUUCGUUGUGAUACUUCCCAUUGCAAAGAAGAAGUACGUCCCAGAGUUGUUGGUCAUCAUCUCACCGAUGUAUAUCUGGCUAGCUUUUAUGUCUUUGCAGCUGCACAAGGAAGAGAGAUUCCUGUAUCCCAUAUAUCCACUUAUCUGUGUAGCUGCAGCAGCUGUAAUCGAGAGCUUUCCUGAUUUAUUUCGGGAUAAGUACAAUCCAAACCAUAAUUCUGUUCUCGUCGUGAUUGCAAAAGCUCUACGACCUCUUGCUCUUGGACUCAUUUUAUGCGCCUCGCAUUCUAGGACUUUUUCCUUGAUCAAUGGCUAUUCAGCUCCUUUAGAGAUUUACAAGCAUUUCGAACACCAUGACGAUGCAGGAGAAGGUUCUGUUCUGUGUGUUGGAAGUGAAUGGCAUCGAUUCCCAUCAUCGUUUUUUGUUCCUGAUUAUGUGGGAGAGGUUAGAUGGAUAGAUGACGGAUUCACUGGUCUUCUCCCUUUCCCAUUCAACUCCACAUUGGGCGGAACUUCUGCUGCUCCGUUUUAUUUCAACGACAAGAACCAGGCAUCUGACCAACAAUACCUGCAAGAUCUAGAUAAAUGCACUUUCCUCGUAGAAUUACAGCUUCAAAGGCCUUACCUUCCUCGAGGGAGUGACUUGAAAACAUGGGAGGUGGUGGCAGCAUUACAUUAUCUCGAUCGGGAAUUGUCACCCCCCAUGCACCGCUCGUUCUUCAUUCCGUACCUUUGGCAGCAGAAGAACGUAUUCGGCUUGUACAAACUUCUCAAGCGAGUACCAAAAUUGUAACCAAAAUGUACGACCACAGAAUCCCUUAUGUUGUUCCAACAAAUAUAUAGUAGUUCUGAGAUGCACCCAUCAACUACCCCAACCUUUAAUUUACUACGACUUUAUCACUCGUUUCAUCUGUACACGUAAACUCAGAGAAAUUUGAUCGCUUGCUUUCGAUUCUGACUAGGGCUGAGAGGUUACCUUGACUUUCUGUCAUUUUUUUGUAAAACCUAGGAAUUGUGAUUGCUUACUUUUCCGGAACUAACUGUGGCUGUAUGAUUGUCGAUUGAUGAAGAUGAAUUACUGCACUUUUUCUCA